GGCCUGGCGGCCCGAUCGGCUCACGACCGCGCUCCGCUGCAGAAGUGCCUGCGCCUGGACCCGGCCGCGCCCGUUUGGGCCGCCAAGCAGCGCGUGCUCUGCGCCCUCAACCACAGCCUCCAGGACGCGCUCAACUACGGGCUCUUCCAGCCGCCCUCUCGGGGCCGCGCCGGCAAGUUCCUGGACGAGGAGAGGCUUCUGCAGGAAUACCCGCCCAACCUAGACACGCCCCUGCCCUACCUGGAGUUUCGAUACAAGAGACGAGUUUAUGCCCAGAACCUCAUUGAUGAUAAGCAGUUUGCAAAGCUUCACACAAAGGCAAACCUGAAGAAAUUUAUGGAAUACGUCCAGCUGCACAGCACAGACAAGGUGGCCCGCCUGCUGGACAAGGGGCUGGACCCCAACUUCCACGAUCCUGACUCAGGAGAGUGCCCGCUGAGCCUUGCCGCCCAGUUGGACGAUGCCACUGACCUGCUGAAGGUGCUGAAGAAUGGCGGUGCUCACCUGGACUUCCGCACACGAGACGGGCUCACGGCUGUGCACUGUGCCACGCGGCAGCGGAAUGCGGCUGCCUUGACGACCCUGCUGGACCUGGGCGCCUCACCGGACUACAAGGACAGCCGCGGCCUGACGCCCUUGUACCACAGCGCCCUGGGCGGGGGGGACGCCCUCUGCUGCGAGCUGCUCCUGCACGACCAUGCUCAGCUGGGGACCACCGACGAGAAUGGCUGGCAGGAAGUCCACCAGGCCUGCCGCUUCGGGCAUGUGCAGCACUUGGAGCACCUGCUGUUCUACGGAGCUGACAUGGGGGCUCAGAACGCCUCUGGGAACACAGCCCUGCACAUCUGUGCCCUCUACAACCAGGAGAGCUGUGCCCGUGUCCUGCUUUUCCGUGGAGCCAACAAGGAUGUCCGCAAUUACAACAGCCAGACAGCCUUCCAGGUGGCCAUCAUAGCGGGGAACUUUGAGCUCGCGGAGGUCAUCAAGACCCACAAAGAUUCGGACGUCGCGCCAUUCAGGGAAACCCCCAGCUACGCGAAGCGGCGGCGGCUGGCCGGCCCGAGCGCCCUGGCCUCACCUCGGCCCCUGCAGCGCUCAGCCAGUGACAUCAACCUGAAGGGCGAGGUGCAGCCGGCAGCUUCUCCUGGACCUUCACUGCGAAGCCUCCCCCACCAGCUGCUGCUCCAGCGACUGCAGGAGGAGAAAGACCGGGACCGGGAUGGGGACCAGCAGAAUGAUGGCAGCCCUGCCACAGGCAGGGGCAGCCGGAGCAAGAUCAGGGAGAGGGCCUCAGUGGGAGAUCACCUUUGGUCGCUGGAGAGGAAGUGUCUCGAGUUGGAGCUGCUGUCGUCCGAAGCCCUUUCGGACUUCCUCUCCUGGCCGGCCUCGCCUCCCGGUUUCCCGGUGCUCCUCCGUCGGACCGACCCCUCCCCAGCCUUCUCCUCCGCGCACCGUAGCCCUCCCUGGCCCGGUGGCCUCUCCCGCGUCCGGGCCGCGGCGACCGGGCCGCAGGGGGAGAGGAGGGAGCCCUGGGGUCGCGGGGGGCGCGGCGCCGGGCCUCCUGGGGUUCGCGGGCGCCACUCUGGGCGCCCGCCCCGCUUCUCGGGGACCGUGGAGGCCUGUCUGGCUUCUGUCCCCCCAGUGCUCAGCAUUGGGGAGGGCGGUUUUUGGGAGGGGACCGUGAAAGGCCGCACGGGCUGGUUCCCAGCUGACUGCGUGGAGGAGGUGCAGAUGAGACAGUAUGACACCCGGCACGAAACCCGGGAGGACCGGACAAAGCGACUUUUCCGCCACUACACGGUGGGCUCCUACGACAGCCUCUCUGCACACAGUGACUAUGUCAUUGACGACAAGGUGGCUGUCCUGCAGAAACGGGACCAUGAAGGCUUUGGUUUUGUGCUCCGGGGGGCCAAAGCAGAGACUCCCAUCGAGGAGUUCACGCCCACGCCGGCCUUCCCUGCGCUCCAAUACCUCGAGUCGGUGGAUGUGGAGGGCGUGGCCUGGAGGGCAGGGCUGCGCACGGGAGACUUCCUCAUCGAGGUGAAUGGCGUGAAUGUGGUGAAAGUCGGACACAAGCAGGUGGUGGCUCUGAUCCGCCAGGGCGGGAACCGCCUCGUCAUGAAGGUGGUGUCAGUGACAAGGAAGCCGGAAGAGGACGGGGCUCGACGCAGAGCCCCGCCGCCCCCUAAGAGAGCCCCCAGCACAACGCUGACCCUGCGCUCCAAGUCCAUGACAGCAGAGCUUGAGGAGCUUGCCUCCAUUCGGAGAAGGAAAGGGGAGAAGCUGGACGAGAUCCUGGCGGCCGCCGCGGAACCGGCACUGAGGCCGGACAUCGCGGAUGCGGACUCGAGAGCGGCCACCGUCAAACAGCGGCCCACCAGUCGGAGGAUCACCCCUGCUGAGAUCAGUUCACUGUUUGAGCGCCAGGGCCUCCCAGGCCCGGAGAAGCUGCCAGGCUCCCUGCGGAAGGGGAUUCCACGGACCAAGUCUGUAGGGGAGGACGAGAAGCUGGCGUCCCUGCUGGAGGGGCGCUUCCCGAGGAGCACGUCGAUGCAGGACACGGUGCGCGAGGGCCGUGGCAUCCCGCCCCCUCCGCAGACCGCGCCGCCGCCCCCUCCCGCCCCCUACUACUUCGACUCUGGGCCGCCCCCCGCCUUCUCGCCACCGCCGCCUCCGGGCCGCGCCUACGACACCGUGCGUUCCAGCUUCAAACCCGGCCUGGAGGCACGCCUGGGCGCGGGCGCCCCGGGCCUGUAUGAUUCAGGCGCGGCCCUGGGUCCGCUGCCUUACCCGGAGCGGCAGAAGCGCGCGCGCUCCAUGAUUAUCCUGCAGGACUCGGCGCCCGAGGCGGCUGACGCCUCUCGGCCCCCGCCAGCGGCCACCCCGCCGGAACGCCCCAAGCGGCGGCCGCGGCCGCCGGGCCCCGACAGCCCCUACGCCAACCUGGGCGCCUUCAGCGCCAGCCUCUUCGCGCCGUCGAAACCUCAGCGCCGCAAGAGCCCGCUGGUGAAGCAGCUGCAGGUGGAGGAUGCGCAGGAGCGCGCGGCCCUGGCCGUGGGCAGCCCCGGCCCGGGCGUCGGCAGCUUCGCCAGGGAGCCCUCCCCGACGCACCGCGGGCCGCGGCCCAGCGGCCUCGACUACGGCCCCGGAGAUGGCCCCGGGCUGGCGUUUGGCGGCCCGGCCCCAAGCAAGGACCGGCGGCUGGAGGAGCGGCGGCGCUCCACCGUGUUCCUGUCUGUGGGUGCCAUCGAGGGCAGCCCUCCGACCGCGGACAUGCCCUCCCUGCAGCCCUCCCGCUCCAUCGAUGAGCGCCUUCUGGGAACCGGCGCCACCACCACCGGUCGUGACCUGCUGCUGCCCUCCCCAGUUUCUGCUCUGAAGCCAUUGGUUAGCGGCCCGAGCCUUGGGCCUUCCGGCUCCACUUUCAUCCACCCGCUCACCGGCAAACCCCUGGACCCCAGCUCGCCUUUGGCCCUGGCCCUGGCGGCUCGCGAGCGGGCUCUGGCCUCCCAGGCGCCCUCCCGGUCCCCUACACCUGUGCACAGCCCCGACACCGACCGGCCCGGGCCCUUGUUUGUGGAUGUGCAGGCCCGGGACUCGGAGCGAGGGCCUCUGGCCUCGCCAGCCUUCUCCCCCAGGAGCCCAGCCUGGGUUCCUGUGCCUGCGCGGAGGGAGCCCGAGAAGGUGCCCCGGGAGGAGCGCAAGUCCCCGGAGGACAAGAAAUCCAUGAUCCUCAGCGUCCUGGACACGUCCCUGCAGCGGCCCGCUGGCCUCAUCGUCGUGCACGCCACCAGCAAUGGGCAGGAGCCCAGUGGGCUGGGGGCCGAAGAGCAGCGCCCUGGCACCCCGGAGCUGGCCCCGGCCCCCACGCAGUCCGCUGUGGUCACAGAGCCCCUGCCGAGCCCCCGGGCCCAGCCCCCCGGCAGUGCCCCCGCUGACCCCGGGCCCGGCCAGGGCAGCUCCGAGGAGGAGCCGGAGCUGGUAUUCGCUGUGAACCUGCCGCCAGCCCAGCUGUCCUCCAGUGACGAGGAGACCAGAGAGGAGCUGGCCCGCAUCGGACUCGUGCCGCCUCCCGAAGAGUUUGCCAACGGGGUCCUGCUGGCCACGCCACUCCCCGGCCCAGGCCCUUCGCCCACCACGGUGCCAGGCCCGGCCUCAGGGAAGCCGAGCACUGAGCCGCCGCCCGCCCCGGAGUCCGCGGCGGAUUCGGGGGUAGAGGAGGCCGACACGCGCAGCUCCAGCGACCCCCACCUGGAGACCACGAGCACCAUCUCCACCGUGUCCAGCAUGUCCACCCUGAGCUCAGAGAGCGGGGAGCUCACGGACACCCACACCUCCUUCGCUGACGGACAUACUUUUCUACUCGAGAAGCCACCAGUGCCUCCCAAGCCCAAGCUCAAGUCCCCGCUGGGGAAGGGGCCGGUGACCUUCAGGGACCCGCUGCUGAAGCAGUCCUCCGACAGUGAGCUCAUGGCUCAGCAGCACCACGCCGCCACCGCCGGGCUGGCCUCCGCUGCCGGGCCCGCUCGCCCUCGCUACCUCUUCCAGAGAAGGUCCAAGCUGUGGGGGGACCCCGUCGAGAGCCGGGGGCUCCCUGGGCCCGAAGACGACAAGCCAACUGUGAUCACUGAGCUCAGCUCGCGCCUGCAGCAGCUGAACAAAGACACCCGCUCCCUGGGGGAGGAGCCAGCCGGCGGCCUGGGCGGCCUGCUGGACCCCGCCAAGAAGUCUCCCAUCGCGGCAGCUCGGUGAGCAGGGCAGUGGGGAGGGUCCUGUCCCGUCCGCCCCGCCCCGCCCCCCUCCCGUCCUUCCGUGGCUCUGUCCCCUCUGUCACCUGUCCGUGACACCCUGCCCUGUGCUCUCCUGUCCACCCCUCUGUCCUUUAUCUGGCCUUGUCUGUCUGAGACCCAAGGCUCUUUCAGGGACCUGCGAUGUCAGAGGUGCUCUUCUCUGCAUCCCUGUCGGUGCUGGCAGUGAAGGCUGGGCGAGAGCACCUCCACAGCCUCCUGAGGCUCUGUGCCCCCGGAGUCCCCAAGGACUCUCUCUGUCUCGACCAUAGGUGCCUCUACCGUUAAGGGUCCUCCUGUGGUCCACUCUAAAGUUGCCGCUGCCCCCAGCCCCAGCUGUUUGACUUCUUGGUGCCCUGUGCGAACCACUACCCACCCCUCCAUCCUCUCUGUGGCCAUGUGGCUGUCCCAUGCAGUUGGUACCAUCUUUCCUCACUUCCUUUUGAAACUUAAGAGUACACUGGAUCCUUUUCCUCCUAAGACUCACCACCAAUUUCCUGUUUUCUGCCUCAGAAACAUUUCUGUCUCUCAGCACUGCCUCAGAGUCCCUCAGAUACCGAUUCCUGUGCGUGAUUUUCAGAGUGCAUUAAGAAGCCAUUAUUAGAUGGAAAGCAUCCUCUCUCUCUGCACCUCCAUCUGCUUCUUCCCUGUACCUUACCCGUUCCUCUGGCCUCCCCACCCACUGUCUACACACGGUGGGGACUUAGAGAGGCCACAGGUGCUCUGGGCCUGGGGGAGGGGCUGGGGGGCUGCUCUGGCUCCGAGUCAGCUGUCACAGCCUCCAGCCUCAUCCCUUGGCUCUUCCCUUGAGGACCUCAUUCCCAGGAGUCUGCCCCAGAGAGGACCUCCUUGGAGCUGUGGGCUCCAUGGGUGCUGGUAGGAGAGCUGGUCUGAGUCAGAACUGGUCACCCCCAGUCAACCCUUGUCUGCUUUUGCUUUCUGCGCCCUGGCGGCUCUCCCCCACUUCUAGCUUUGUGGUAUCAUGUGGGGUACCACCUCCUGACUCUUCCUCCUUGCCACCAUGUGACCAACCUAGUGAGUCUUUCCUGCCACCCUUGGAAGGCAGAGUCCACAAAGCAGUGAGGGGAUCCAGGUCUUACUCACAAGGGCUUGUCCAAUCUACCUUUUUCCCAGCUAAGGACUCAAAAGAUAGGUGGGGGCUUGGGAAACUAGUGAUGCUUCUCCUAAGUGGUUUGGGGAGCUAUCCUCCAGCUCCUGUCAUCCUGGGCUGGCUCUGGGGCCCUCCCCACUUUUCACCUCUUCCAACUCCCAGUUGAAUGUGAAAGCCUUAUUCCUACCAGGACAAUGUUUAAAGUGCCCUUAGAGAGGGUGUUACGGGUGUGGCCGGGGGUGUCCAGUUGGAGUGAGCAGCCCAGGCCUCUCAGGAACAGACCCCUGAAGGUGGGGGUUCCCUGAUGCAGCCUGGACCAGCCCCCAUCUUCACUCUCUGCUUCUCCUCCCUCCACCAGCCCCUCCACUCCUUUGUGUCCCUUGGUCCUGAUGAAAAUUAAGGCCAUUGACAGUGGGUAGCACCAUGCCUGGCACAAUGCAGGCCUUAAUAAAACAUCUGCCAAAUGCAAGUGCUGUCUUUUGUGAUCUGAGGUCUAGGCAGGCAUCUUAGGACAGAUGCCACAGAAGGACAGACAGACACUUUUUGAGGUUUGCUGGCUGUUGAGACCCACAGCUGCGCUCAGGGCAGCCCAGGUCCCAUCUUUGCUCCAUGGGCUCCCGUGGGGCUGAAGGAGGUAGUCUCUCAGCUGAACCUCCUGCCACGCCUCCCAUGGUUGUCUUCAGCAUUUCCCAUUUGUUGUGGCAAGGCUUUCUCGUCCAGUGGCUCCGGGUUGCAUCAGGACCUGUGUGUCUUUCCUUUGGAUGUGGGGUUUGGGGCAAGGCCAGCUGUUCCAGCUUUUAUAUUCCAUCUGCUCUGCAGGCCCAUGGCAGAGUGAGCCUCUUUCUCUCAGGAGUUCCUGCAAAAUCCCAGACUCCCAUUGGCUUCAUGUGGGUUCCCUGUGUCCCCUGAAAUGGUCACUCGAGUCAGGGAGAUGCAGGGCUGCUGUUGGCCAGGCCUGCGUCAUGUGCUGUCUUAGGGGUCAGGGCUUGUGGUCAGCCCAGCUACUGGACAGGUGCUAAAGUAGGGGUGGGGGGUGGUAUCCAAAGGGGACUCAGGUGAUAUUCCUAGAGGUACCGGGAGCUAGCAAGCCUGAAAUCGGGGACUCCCUUGUGCCACGGCAUUCAUCAGCUUUAGCAACUCACUUUGUUCCCUGACAUCGGCCUGGGUCAGAUGGCCCUGGAUAUCAACCCUCAGCAGGUUGCAUCUGAGUUUGUAGUCUUGGACAAACCACUUAGCCUCAGUGAACUUCAGUUCAUCCCUUGUGAAAUAGUGAGGGUGACCAGGUACUCUGCCAGGCCAGCAGGACUCUUAGGAGUCCUUAUGGGAAAAUUAUAAGCAUGCUCUGCACUGGAAGAGACCAAGUCAUGUUACUUCGUCUUCACCGCCUUUCUGUUAGAUGGAUACUAAUGUAACCUCCAUUUUCCAGACAAUACAACUGAGGUUCUAAGGAGAUCCAUUCCAGCCAGUAAAUGGUGGCAUCUGACCUCAAGCCCUGCUCUUUGUCCACUAUAAUCUGGAGUCUCUGUCAUUAAACCCCUUCUGGUGACAGACACGGUGUUAAUGUGCAGUAAUUCCCCUCACGUUCCAGGAUGUCUGACUCUAGGUGAGUGACCACAUAAUUGUGGUUAUCCGGGUCACUAAGACCUUUUUU